GUCUUACGCUUGCAGCUUGAGGGCGUAUUGCUGUAUUUUAAAGUGGCUUUGGACAGUAAAUAUAUAGCACAUACAUAUAUCCACAAGUAUAGGAACACCAGUGAUCCUGCUCCUGUUUACAUAAUUAUUUUCACUGCGUGCCGACUGUGGUCUACAUACAUAUAUUACCUAGUAUGACUGCUGAUUACAUCCACAAUGGCCAGUUGGGCCGUCUUCAUUACAAUGGGGCAUGUCCCAUGCUCAUGGUGUUUCAUGGUGGAAGUUGCGAACGGAUUUUCUGGCACGGUUGGAUAGUCAACGAUGUUAUUGAAUUCGUCUUCUCUGCGCUUGCGCUCUUCGUUCUGGCUUUUUCCUACGAAGCGCUUAAGUUUUUCAGCCAACAGCUUGUGAAAAAGAACGAAAUGAAGGAAGCCCACGGUGCCAAAAUGUCUACCACUAUUAAAUCGAAUUGCUCAGAGGCGCCAUUGACUGGGCCCAACCGAAUCGUAAAUUGGCGUACAAUCAACACUUCAGUCCAUAUGGUCCAGACUUUGUUGUACGCAGCACAGGGUACGAUUUCCUACGUGCUGAUGCUGGUUUUUAUGAACUUUAACUACUGGAUAUGUCUCGCUGUAAUUUCAGGAUUAAGCUUGGGGUUUUUCGCAUUUGGCUGGACGAGACGUAUACAUUUUUUUAAUGAAUGUUGUAAUUAAACAAAUCAAUAAGCGUGAAAAAUUUACACAAAUGAUUACGAGCAGAUCACUUGUUUUCAUUAAGCUGGCGCAUAUCAUGGAUGUUACAUAGUUUAGAGUGAAAUCUGUUAGAAAUAACUUUUGGUACAACCACAGCCAUCGGAUAGGAAAG